AUGGUCACCCGAACCCCGCAUCUGAUCAACCUGCUCCGGGGCUGGCCCUCGCCGUCCCUCUUGCCGGCGGCCGCGCUCACAGCAGCAGCAGCCCGGGCCCUCUCCGACCCGACCAUCUCCGUCCCCGGCCUCCAGUACGCGCCCGACCCCGGCUUCCAGCCGCUCCGCGAGGAUCUCGCCGCGUGGCUGGGCCCGGUCUACGGCGCAGCGCCCGAAGCCGAUCGCAUCUGCAUCACCGGCGGGCCCGGCAGAACCCUCGCCAAAAUUCCUCCCCAGUUUCAAAAACCCCGGAUUGUGGCGCCGGGCGUGCGCACGGGCUGGGUGGCGGCGACGCCGGCGUUCGCGUACGGGCUGAGCCAGACGGGGGCGAGCUGCAGCGGCGGCGCGCCGAGCCAGCUGGCGGCCGUCAUGGUGUGGGAGCUCCUGCGGUCGGGCGAGCUCGAGCGGCGGCUCGUCGAGGAGUCGAUCCCGCAGCUGAGGGAGCGACAUCGACGCGUCCUCGAGGCUGUGGAGGCGCUCCUCGUGCCGCUGGGCGUGGCGGUGAGGCGGUCGAGCCUCGCCGGCGCGGAGGUGUAUGGGGGGUACUUUGUGUGGCUGACUCUGCCUGAGGGCGUCAGGGGGGCGGAUGUCGCGAACAGGGGCAAGGAGCUUGGUGUGACUGUUGGUGCUGGGGAGAAGUUUGAAGUCGCGGGGGAUGAAGAUGGCGCUCGGUUCGAGAGGGAGGUCCGUAUAUGCUUCUCGUGGGAGGAGCUUGAGGACGUUGUCGAGGGAGUCAGGAGGCUGAGCCAUGCGGUGAGGGAUGUGCAACAGGGCAAGUCUGUGGCUGGACCCAAGGUUGAUGCGACGUACAUUGAGAAAUGA